AUUAGCUAGGUAUAUUUUUCUAUUUGUCUAGGACAUUGACCUAAUAAGAUGGUUAAUCAUCACUGGACUCAUAAAAACAAACAAACAAAAAGCCAACUAACCAUUUAAAGUGAGACUUUAACAUCAGAAAAAGGAUGGACUUGUUGCAGUUGCUGUAGCAUUCAAAGUCCAGGUGAUCAUUUCAAACCAAGCAUCAGCAGCAAUUAAAAACAUUCACAUGGUAUCUGUAGUUUAAUCAUGGACCAACAUCAACAUUUGAAUAAAACAGCAGAGUCAGCAUCUUCAGAGAAAAAGAAAACAAGACGCUGCAAUGGAUUCAAGAUGUUCUUGGCAGCCCUGUCAUUCAGCUAUAUUGCUAGAGCACUAGGUGGAAUCAUUAUGAAAAUGUCCAUCACUCAAAUAGAAAGGAGAUUUGACAUCUCUUCUUCUCUUGCUGGUUUAAUUGAUGGAAGUUUUGAAAUUGGAAAUUUGCUUGUGAUUGUAUUUGUAAGUUACUUUGGAUCUAAACUACACAGACCAAAGUUAAUCGGAAUUGGUUGUCUCAUUAUGGGAACUGGAAGUAUUUUGACAGCUUUACCACAUUUCUUCAUGGGAUAUUACAGGUAUUCUAAAGAAACCCAUAUUAAUCCAUCAGAAAAUUCAACAUCAAGUUUAUCAACCUGUUUAAUUAAUCAAACCUUAUCAUUCAACAGAACAUCACCUGAGAUAGUAGAAAAAGGUUGUGUGAAGGAAUCUGGGUCACACAUGUGGAUGUAUGUCUUCAUGGGUAAUAUGCUUCGUGGUAUAGGGGAAACCCCCAUAGGACCAUUGGGGAUUUCGUACAUUGAUGAUUUUGCAAAAGAAGGACAUUCUUCCUUGUAUGUAGGUAGUUUGAAUGCAAUAGGAAUGAUUGGUCCAGUCAUUGGCUUUAUCCUGGGAUCUCUGUUUGCUAAAAUGUAUGUGGAUAUUGGAUAUGUAGAUCUGAGCACUAUCAGGAUAACUCCUAAGGACUCUCGUUGGGUUGGAGCUUGGUGGCUUGGUUUCCUUGUGUCUGGACUGUUUUCCAUUACUUCUUCCAUACCAUUUUUUUUCUUGCCCCAAAAUCCAAAUAAACCACAAGAAGAAAGAAAAGUUUCACUCUCUUUGCAUGUGCUGAAAACAAAUGAUGAAAGAAGUCAAACAGCUAAUUUGACCAACCGAGGAAAAAAAGUUACAAAAAAUGUGACUGGUUUUUUCCAGUCUUUGAAAAGCCUCCUUACCAAUCCCCUGUAUGUUAUGUUCGUGCUUUUGACAUUGUUACAAAUAAGCAGCUUUAUUGGUUCUUUUACUUACAUCUUUAAAUAUAUGGAGCAACAGUAUGGUCAGUCUGCAUCUCAGGCUAACUUUUUGCUGGGAGUCAUAACCAUUCCUACGAUUGCAACUGGAAUGUUUUUAGGAGGAUAUAUCAUUAAAAAAUUCAAAUUGUCUUUAGUUGGAAUUGCCAAAUUUUCACUUCUUACUUCGAUAAUAUCCUUCUUGUUUCAACUUAUUUAUUUCCCUCUAAUCUGUGAAAGCAAAUCAGUUGCCGGCCUAACCUUGACCUAUGAUGGAAAUAAUUCAGUGGCAUCUCAUAUAGAUGUACCACUUUCUUAUUGCAACUCAGAGUGCAAUUGUGAUGAAAGUCAAUGGGAACCAGUCUGUGGGAACAAUGGAAUAACUUACCUGUCACCUUGUCUAGCAGGAUGCAAAUCCUUAAGUGGUAUUAAGAAGUCUACAGUGUUUUAUAACUGUAGCUGUGUGGAAGUAACUGGUCUCCGGAACAGAAAUUACUCAGCCCACUUGGGUGAAUGCCCAAGAGAUGAUGCGUGUACAAGGAAAUUUUACAUCUAUGUUGCAAUUCAAGUCAUAAACUCUUUGUUCUCUGCAACAGGAGGUACCGUAUGUAUCUUGCUGAUUGUGAAGAUUGUUCAACCUGAAUUGAAAGCACUUGCAAUGGGUUUUCAUUCAAUGGUUAUAAGAACACUAGGGUCGCUGUGAUUUUUUGAAAUCUGCAAAUUUUUCACCCAUUAUUUCAGGACCAGUUUGCUUCAGAUGCAUUGGCCUCAGACAACAUUCCGUUGUGAUUCUACUAUUUCUCAGUCUCAGAAAAUUGAGAAUGAUUAAACGUAAAAAGAAUCGGUGAAACAUUCAUGUAUAAAUCACUGUCAUUUUUUGUGACAAAACAAAAUCUGAAAAGUAUGAAUCACAAAACAGAACAAGAACAAAGUGAAAUCUUGUAUGCUUCAUUUCUGCCAUCUAAACGAUAGCUCUCUACUAUGAUGGCCUUCAAAAUUUUGAACAAAUUACCUAUUCUUAAAACUAGGAGUUAAUCUCAGAAUUUAUACUUCUCCUAUAAAUAACAUAUGUAUCCCUGGAAUGCUGCACAUUCAUCGAAAUCAGGCACUACAGAUAAAAAAUUGACUUUGGACAGACCACUGAAAAUAUAUGUAUCGUUGUGCACUAAAGACCACUGACAGAAACAAAAUUUAGCAACAGAGACCCUAACCUGCAGCCUAGCCUGCUUUAGGAGAUAUUAAAAAGUGCAUGAAAUCGAUGGAGAGAAAAUGCUUGAUCGUGGGCUCUAAUAGCAGUAAGAAAGAGAGAAUUGGGCUCUGAGCCCAGAAAAAAGUGAAAUUGGCCAAUAGCUGAGCACUGUUUGAAGCUGGGCCUGAACUUCUCUGGGGAGGGAAUCCCCGUGUAAGCAUUUACUUUUUUAUUAUCUUAAAAUAGUAUUAAAAUCUCCUGCCUUUACAGCAGUUGAGGUGAGAGCUUUUCCUUUUCUCAUAAAGUUAUAAUUUAACUCUCAGUAAUCCAGCCAUUCUUGCCUAAGAAAAAUUCCAUAUGAAUCAGCAUAACUUUCAUGUUUUACUAACAACAUUCCCCUUUUUACCAAUCCGGCUUCAGUUAAUUUGUAUUGUAGGAAGAACAGAGUAUACAGGUGUAUAAUACUCUUUCUUCCCUCUGUAUAUAGGGAGAGAAGAGUAGAUCAAAUACAUCUGUGACAUUACCAUAUGAUUUAAGCCUUUGUGAUUUCUAAUAAUUUUGAUUCUUGGGUGGAUGGAGGCCAAAACAAUGGAAUAAUUUUCCAAAACUUUAAACUUGUAUUAAUCCAAAAUGUAUCAGUGUAGACAAUCACCCAGUUACAUUUGAAACCUUUCACUUGGAUUGAUACCUUUUUAUCUCAU